GGCGCUGCGGACGUCACCGAGGCCGGCGAGCCCGUGAGUGCGGACCCCUGGCGCACUCGCCUGCCCUCGCGCCCGCGCUCGCGCUCGCUCCCCUCCUGCUUCUCUCUCUCUCUCUCCGCGCGGAGCCGCCGAAGGAUGCGAUCGCUCGCAGCCGCCGCCGCCGCCCAUUAGAGACCCCCCCCCACCCCACACACACACACACACACACACCCCGCCCGCCUUCCGACAACAACCCUCCCGCAAGAGCAGGACCCACCCUGUCCCCUCCCCCUCCUCCUCCUCCAGCGCCUGCCUGCAGCCCCAGCCCUGCCCGGCUCCCACUUGGAUGCAUUGAUUGCUAGAGGGAGAGGUAGCGGAGGGGAGGGCAGCAGAGAGGGGGGGGGACACACACAUUUGGUUGCCCAGAUUUUUUUUUUUCCCCCCUGGGGCGGGGUGAUUUUUUUCCCCCUUUCCCUCGGAGUGUCUGAGAAGGGGGGAGGCGCCCGCCGAGAGGGGUUUUUGUGUGUGUGUGGCCAUCAUGGGAUGUACCCUGAGCGCCGAGGAGCGAGCCGCCUUGGAGAGGAGCAAAGCGAUCGAGAAAAACCUCAAGGAGGAUGGGAUCACCGCCGCCAAAGACGUGAAAUUGCUCCUGCUAGGGGCUGGAGAAUCUGGGAAAAGCACCAUUGUGAAGCAGAUGAAGAUCAUUCAUGAAGAUGGUUUCUCCGGAGAAGACGUGAAGCAGUACAAGCCUGUGGUCUAUAGCAACACUAUUCAGUCACUGGCAGCUAUCGUCCGUGCCAUGGAUACCUUGGGCAUUGAAUACGGUGAUAAGGAGCGAAGGGCUGAUGCUAAGAUGGUCUGUGAUGUAGUAAGUCGAAUGGAGGACACAGAGCCCUUCUCCCCAGAGCUGCUGUCAGCUAUGAUGAGACUCUGGGCAGAUUCUGGAAUCCAGGAGUGCUUCAACCGGUCCCGGGAAUAUCAACUUAAUGACUCUGCCCAAUACUACCUAGACAGCUUAGAUCGAAUCGGAGCUCCAGACUACCAGCCAACAGAGCAGGAUAUACUUCGAACCAGGGUCAAAACAACCGGCAUUGUAGAAACCCAUUUCACAUUCAAAAACCUCCACUUCAGGCUGUUCGAUGUGGGAGGGCAGAGGUCAGAACGUAAGAAAUGGAUCCAUUGCUUUGAGGACGUCACAGCGAUCAUUUUUUGUGUCGCGCUGAGUGGUUACGAUCAGGUGCUCCAUGAAGACGAAACCACGAACCGCAUGCAUGAAUCAUUGAAGCUGUUUGACAGCAUCUGUAACAACAAAUGGUUCACAGACACCUCCAUCAUCCUCUUUCUAAACAAGAAGGACAUAUUUGAGGAGAAAAUUAAGAAAUCUCCAUUGACUAUCUGCUUUCCGGAGUACACAGGCUCUAACUCUUUCACUGAGGCCGUGUCCUACAUCCAGUCUCAGUACGAGAGCAAGAACAAGUCCCCCAACAAGGAGAUCUACACGCACAUCACCUGCGCCACUGACACCAACAACAUCCAGUUUGUCUUCGAUGCUGUUACGGAUGUCAUCAUUGCCAACAACCUGCGUGGAUGCGGACUCUACUAAACCCCGCUCGCUGCUCUCCCCACGCUCUCCAGGAAACGCUCUCCCAUUCAGGUUGAAGGGUUGCUCCCUUUUUUUUUUUUUUUUUUUUCCCUCCAAAAGAUGAAGAUGAAGAAGAAAUUACAUAAUCCCCCCUCCUGGCUCCCAAGAACCAUUGCAGAAAAUUCUGCUUUCCCCUAGGUGUCUCUCCCCCCCACCCCCUUUUUUUUUUAAUCCCCCCUGUGUCUCUUUCCACCAUUCAGUUUUAGGAUUGGCAGCCCCUGUUCAGGAUACUGUAGUGCAGACUACUAGAGCCACUAAAAAUGUAUUUCAACUACCAAAAAAGGCUCAUUUUAAAAAACAAAAAUCAAUUUUUCAACGCCUUAAAAAUAUUUAGCAUCAAAGUAGCAGUUUCUUCGUAAAUUUGAGGGAUAUUUUUAAUUCUCGUUAUUUUUCUUUCAUUCUUUUUGGAAACUCCAGAUGCACAGUACUGACUUUGGAGGCACAGUCGGGCUCCAGUUUCUAUCCCAAAGUUGGAAAGGUCAGGUUAGGUGGAGUUCUGAAAUUUUGCUGGGGCGGGGAGGGGCAAACGUUUGAACGACUAAAACAGACCGACUGAGGUUUGCUAGUGUCUUUUACUAAGAAAGACGCAGUAACAGAAGCUACUAAGCAUUGUGUAAAGGCAUUCGUUACCAAUAACAGUUUUACCUCACGCUUUCAAAAUUAAUGUUGAAUAUAUUUCUCUAGCAUGGUUUCAAUAACCCAUUUGUUACUCUAAGUUCAUCCUUGUUCUCUUUGCUUUACUACAGAGCUACUGUACUGUAAGUGGGCAGUUUCUGGACAUUCAUGGGAACACUCAUGGAAUGAGACAUUAGUGGCAAGAACUGUUCUGCACGAAGUUUUGAGUAGUACAUUUCCUAGUGUAGCUAAAGGAAUACGGAUGUGGAUGGACUCGUUCCUCAGAAGGGAGAGUGAGUGGGCAUGGGUGUUGGACUGGAAGGCAUGAAGGGACACUUUAAAGGUCCCUCAGAGGUGACCAAGGCACAAGAGACAUUGGGAUCAAUUUCCUCCUGCGUCCGAGCUCUGUUAAAUGCAGGGUUCUCUAAGAGCUAGUUAAGACUGCUGGGUGCAGUGUCAGCCUGGCCCCAACUUAUGCCAUUGGCCUAAGGGCCCUGAGGGGUUUUAGGCAGAAGAUUAGCAUGGAGAAGUUGUGCCCCCCCCCAUGCCCUCUCCCCUCUCCUAUGCAUGUCCAGGAGAAGGUGACUGGCAAAGGACCCAGCAGUGCCAGGUUCGCAUCAGCAAGAAGUUUCCCUUCUCAAAGGGACAUUUCCAAAUGAAAUCUGUCCACUUUGCCCUAUGUGAGCAGUACAAAGUGGACAGAGCAGAUCAGAGACUGUGGCCCACAACCAGAAGUAAGCUUCCCAUCUCAGGCCCCAUAGGGGGAUGCCAUAAUUCAGUCUCUUUGGGACACCAGGUUUUCUAAGGCUACGCAUGAGUAUGUAUGUGUGUGUGGGGGGGGGGAGUGGAAAUCAGCCUGCUUUGUACGUCGAGUGUGUGUAUGUGUGCGCACACAAAUCACACUAAGCCCCUAGCGGCGUCUUUAGGUGCCUAAAUGCCUUUAAAAUUAGGGUUCUAAAUACUUAGCUUCUUCAGCAAUACCAGAAGCAUGCAGUUCACUUGUGCUGUUGCUUACCAGUGGCCCCAUGAAAAGCAAUGCUAGACUUUUGUGGAACAGCUUUCAAUUUUCCUGAACGAUGGGCCUUGAAUUAGAAAAAUAAUUUGCUUGGGGUGUACCUAUCAGUUCCUCACAAAUAUCUCGGUGGUUUGAGCAUUGGCCUGCCAAACCCAGGGUUGUGAGUCCAAUGCUUGAGGGGGCUGUUUAGGGAUCUGGGGCAAAAAUUGGGGCUUGGCCCUGCUUUGAGCAGGGGGUUGGACUAGAGGACCUCCUGAGGUCCCUUCCAACCCUGAGAUUCUAUGAAUAUAAUAGCAUUCUCAAUUGCUUUUCCCAGUUGACUAGUGGACUCCUCACUGAUUGGUUCUUUCCGUUUAAGUGGUGAGGGGUCAAAUAUUUACACCCCGUGGAGUGGGACAGCAAAGACUGAUGUGAUACUAGACUGCUGGUAGCUGUCAGGACUGAAAUUGGCAAUGGGCCAGAGGUGGUAAUUUUGGAUGCAGGGGUGUUCAGAUCCAAGGACUGAGUUUGGUCUAUGGUAGAGAUAAUGGCCAGCCACAAAGUUUGGGUCUGGAUCCCAAACCGUCCCAUAGAUUGGUAGUGUUCAGCUCUGGGACUCUGUGUGGGGCUCAUGUCACACAUGCAGCCAUUUUGCAAGAUCCCUUUUCAGUGUAAUGUUUUAACUACGUAGAUGAUGCUAUGGGUUGUUGAUACGCUAAUGUAAUUUUCUUAGGAAAAUCGGGGUAGGGAGCUGAUGCGAUCAGCAUGAUGGAGCAGGAAGGGAACGUGAGAACAGGAGAGGCAGGGGGCAAGGAUGUGGAGAAGAGGGGCUUGCAGAAGUGGAGGGGGAGGGAAGGGCACUGGUGAUGAUCAGGAGAACAAAGACCGGGGCCACUGAGGGGAAAGCAGAUGGGGGUGGUGGUACACCAACAGCUUGUUGGCGUUGCCAGGAUGCUGGAGUGCGGGGGGCUCUGCUGCUGUUGUACGGCUGAUGGCCGUGGCUUGAGGAGGAGUGGGAGUUCAGGCAUGCUCCCACUGCUGGGGGUGAGGCCUCUGGGGGAAAGGUUUCAAGCUCUGCCCCAGAAGGCCUUGUGGAGGCCCUAAUGGUGGCUCUGGGAAGAGGGCACCUGCUGGUGAACAGUGCAGGUGAACCCAGAUUUUACAAAGGUCUCGGGGGGCACCCCAAAACCCUGGCUGACAGGAGAGAGCAGGGAGGACCAUGCUGACCCUUAACUCUUUACUAUAUUUUGCAUGUGUACCCAUAGGCCUGCCUAUGAUCCUCAUCUAUGUGACCUCUCCCGGGAAGUCUCUGGGCUGGGUUACAGUCUCGCGAGAUUACAUUGGGCUUCAUACAAAGAUAGCUGAUGAUUGGCUGAACAGGACACUAUCAAAAUAUUCUUCACGGUUUUUUAAAAUGUAUUUUUUCCUGUCCAUUUAUACUAACUGCAAAGUGCCAGACUAGUUCCUUAGAUAGCAAGAACCAGAUCAAACCUGUACUGUUUCACAAGCGCUAAACGCUGGGUUCUCUACCGGACCCAAACAUGCCCAACCUUCGGAGACAGUCAUAACAGAGUAGGGUUAUAGCUAUAUGCUACAAUGUUUAGCACCAUAUAAAUGCCACAGCAGGGAGACACAUAUGAAUGCAAAGAGCCUUGGGAGGUCUAGCAUUCUUUCUGGGGGUCCUGGCACGAAUGCUGUACACUUAUCUCGUGUGGGCUGAGAUUUCCCUGGGGCACUCUGAAGUAUCUCAAACCCCGAUAAGAUCUGGAUUUUCAUACAGCUUGUGUCCCCAGGCCCAGAAAAGAUAAUGCCAGACCUGACUGACCUGCACAACAUAGUAAGUAGGGUCCUGUUUGGGUUCAGGAUGUGGGAGUCAGUGAAAGAAACAAGUAUGGCGGGAGGGGAGCAGGGAGCUGGCAUUGGGAACAGAAACGUAAGGUCGGGAGAAGGGAGACCGCUCUGGUUGAGUUGGCAGGAAGGCAGGGAUGAGGAGAAGAGUGACACUGGGAAGGCUGGAGAAGAUUCACAGUCUGGGAAGAUUUAGAUCUUCCAGGUGAACAAAAAAGUGCGCAUGGGAUAUCUGUGUGACUAAAACUGCACCAAUAGUUUAUCCUGAUAGUGUCCUCCAGCUGCAAGAAAUUACCAGGGCAGCAGUUACCCUAUACAGUUAUAUCAGAGCUUAUGCUAAUAUAUAGCUGUAUAAGUGAUAAUCAAAUAGUGCUACAUUAUUAAAUAAUAUCUAUCAUUUUAUAGUCACGCAUCACUGCCUGCAGGACAGGUAUCUGCAGUAGCAGCAGGAGUGGUUCCACUGUACUGUAGUGUUGUCCCUGGCUCAUCACUGCCGAAGAGGAAUAGCCUUCUUUCUCCUGCACUGUAAUAUCCACGUUCAGCCUGAAACUCAAAAGAGCUCCCCCAGGGACAGCAUUCAUCAAGAGUCAGCCAGCGGGUUUAGUAUUCCUGUGCCAACCUUUGAGCCUCAGUUGGCGGAAUCAUGGAGUAGAUUCUUGUGUAAGUCUUGGCAGGAUCAAGGCCUAAUGUAUCUCUGUGAAAUCAGUGGAACUUAAGCGAGUGGGUGUAGGUUCAGGGCCAUAGUCAGGUAGUGGGCAAUGUGAAAAACAGGUCAACUACAGGGAAGCUUCAUAGAGUUUAAAGCCAGAAGGGACCAAGUUAAAACCACCAAAACAAAUGGGCCAUGCUGGCUUCUUGUUUGCACACCACUGAUUUCAAUGAGAUUGUACAAGGGAAAAUUUAAAGUUGGCAGCAUCUACAGAUAAAAUGAAAGAUAACUAAUGAGCUCAAUUCCUUGCCUUCCUGUUCAAAAUGACAUACAAUGGGAAUCUGGAGGCCCCUCUUUCACUGGAAGGCUUUUGGGAGCCAGGAAGCAGGGAUUUUCCUACACCUCCCCCCAAGCUCCUCCAUCCCCUCUCAGGGGUCAACUAGUUACAUACAGUGUUGCCAAUUUAGUCAUUUUCCAACACGCACCCCCACCCAUAAAUUUGAACACCCCCUCUAAUUUCAAUUUUUGAGGAAAGUACUGCCAGGAAAUAAGCCUGCAUGGUCCCAAAAGACCACCUCAGCUCUCUGGUUUUUAGAGGUGAUUUGGCAGAUGAGGAUGACAGGGAUACCCCUAGUAAAAUGUUGCCCUUGGGCAAAUUAAUUUGUACUGGUUUCUAAAAUCUGGGCCAAAAAUUUGAAUAUGACACACUCAGUACAUUGCGCUACACGCUGGUGCUGAUGACUAAUGUGAAGGGGAUGGAUAUAAUUUAAAGAACAGAGCUAUGAAAUAACAUCCAUUUAUCUAAAAAUGUAUAGAUAGAUACUGGGGCAUACACAUACGCCUAUAUAUAAAACUAUUUAGCAUAAAGUGAAAUGCCAAACAUACAUAGCAUAGAACACCAAAGACUUUAUCUCAUUACAGCUGAUAGAAAAAGCUUUGGCCUUUAUUGAAGUUUAACAGAAGCAGCUGCUCAGUAGCACAUAAAAUUUGGGGCCUUCCCCCCCACCCCCAUUGCUGGGAGUAGAGUAUUAUCCUGUUUAGUAAGUACAGUAAUUGAAUCGGUGUUCUUAUUCAAGAUGGCUCUGAGGCAUCGGGCCUGAUUCUCCACUGCCCUGUACCUUGUGCGGGGUGGGUGCCAGUUGUGGCCAAUCUGAUUGAUAGCAUUUUGCACCCACUUUAUGCUGCUGUAAAUGACAUUGCGACAUGCAGGGCAACUGAGUGUCAGGCCAUGGAGUUCUUAUCUGGAAUUAGAUCCAGAUCCAAACCUCUUCAAAGAUUCAGGGGUUUUCAAAUACAGUGUUCUGGGUCAGAAUCAUCUCUCCUGUAGGUUUUUUGCAGGAUAGCAAAUGGGCUGUGUGUUAUGUAAUCAGCAUGGAUUGAUCUCCGGGGGCUGAAUUCUAUGGUCCUGACUCAGAAUUCAUUCAGGCAAAGUUUCCAAUGAACUUCAUGGGAGAUUUUGCUUGAGAAAGCUGUCAAAGACUGCCGGAUUUUGCCCUGGUUAAUACAGGAGUCUGUAAUGAACACUAUAUUCAAAAGGAUUUUAAAAAGAGAUUUAAAACCAGAGCAAAUUGGGGGAGAAAAAAAAAUACACCACUCAACAGCCUACCUCAAGAAACAAUUGACCCAAUGUGGUCCCAUUUCAGUCUCUCCCAUAUUUGUCCCUAUGCAUUUCUGCUUUGCGCACACAUGGAUGAAUGCAUACACAAAAUGAAAAUUUGCAUACUUGUAUGUCUGGAAACCUAAUUAGUCAUGUGCAGGUGUAUCAAAUCUCAUUUUGCACUCACCAAUCAGAUCAUUUGUACCCAAAGGAGGCUUCACCAUUAAGCAUGCACAAAUGCACUGUGAAAAUUAGGCCCAAGCUGGGUACUUCCCACAGCUUUGCAUAACAAAGAUGGAUCUGAUGGAGGGAGAACUAUUAUUUUUCCCUGUUCUUUGAGUUUUUGGUCUUGGAAUUUAUCCUUGGCAGUGUUUCAAAAAUAAUAGGGUGAAAUCCUGGCUUCCGUGAAAUCAAUGGCAAACUCCCAUUGACUUGAAUGGGACCAACAUUUAAUUCACAAUGCCUUAAAGCAGUGAUUCUCAAACUUUUGUACUGGUGACCCCUUUCACAUAGCAAGCCUCUUAGUGCGACCCCCCCUUAUAAAUUAAAAACACAUUUUUAUAUAUUUAACACCAUUAUAAAUGCUGGAGGAAAGGUAGGAUUUGGGGUGGAGGCUUACAGCUUGUGACCCCCCCACCCAUGUAAUAACCUCAUAACCCCCUGGGAGUCCCAACCCCCAGUUUAAGAACCCCUGCCUUAAAGGGAGUCAGUCUCCUUUGGGCAUCUGAUCCCCUUCAGAAGACCAGCCAGGAAGCAUCUUUCAUGGUUUCUAUGUUGACUGGAUAUAGGAUCCUUUUUAGCCAUGCAUGUUUUCUUAGACUUUUCUUCCCUUUUUCCAGAAUUGCUGAUACUAUAUGGGGUUUCCAGAGUAAAAUAGAUCAGGGUGAAGUAAAUAGUUGGAUUUAAAUUAACCUGGACUAAACUAUUAUAAACACAAUAGUUUCCUAAGUGCCAUAAUAAUGCAUUUAAACACAAACAUGGUAGAGUCCAGUAGGUUGAGCUCAGGAAUGGGAGCUAUGCAUUUGGUUCCCACAGCUUCCUCUGUGUCUCUGGGCUAAUCACUUAACCUGCCUGCCUCAGCCUCUCAAAUUGAAAUUGCCUAUAAUCCUUAUCUGCCUCACAGAAGAGUGGUGAGGAUUCACUAAUAAAUGUUUGCAUAGCACUUGAAGUGAAAAACUCUGUGCAAGGACUAAAUAUUAUUAUGAUUUCUACUUGAUGAUCUUCUAUAGACUUUGCCUCCAAAAUCUGUCUCAAGGCCUUACUCAUCACUAGACUCGGUCGUUCCUCCCAAUUCUUUUCCGGGGGGGGGGGGGGGGGGGGUUUGCCUUGAGCAGCCAACCUGUUGCCCAAUGCUUAUUCUUUCUUAAGCAACAGUUGUAAGUGCAGGAACUGUGUAUAACUAAAAUAGUGAGAUAUAGUCGUCCCCCCCCCACUAAAGCCCUCGUUGCACAAUAAGACAGGCAUCCUUCCGCCUUCAAAUCCCUUACAGUCCCCAGAGUUAUUUUUAUUUAUAAACAAAAAACACACGCACACCGUGUAGCAUGUACUUUGCAUUGGUACUUGAAAUCACAACAAAAAUUAUGUUGGGGUGGGGGGGAGAGGGAUGGCAUGAUGUCUAAUAACUAGUGAAAAAUCAGCUUAAUUUAUACCACCCUGCUCUUGGAUGCUAGUAUGGAGAAUGGCCACAGAUGCUUUUUUAUUCUACUAGUGUAUCUUGAGAGCUCUAUAUGUUUGGAAUGAUUCCAGUCCCCAGCACCAUAUCGCUAACCCCUAUGAAGACGUCACACUGCAGGAGUUGGAAUGGGCUGUCAGCAUCAGCAAAAACUGAGGCCCUUGACUUGCCAUGCCUUCGGUAACAGGGUUCAAUUCCUCAGUCAGCCUAGAUCCAUUGAAAUCAAGAGAGCUACGCUGAUUUAUGCCCAUGUUCUGUAUACAGCUGUUGUGCAGUUAAUGGUCAUGACUUUGAAGCAUGUAGUUAUUACAUAGUCCUGCCUUGAGUUCAGGGGACUGGACUAGAUGACCUAUUGAGAUCCCUUCCAGUCCUACACUUCCAUCAUUCUAUGAUAUGUUUUCUCCAUGAAAAUGCAACCAUCUAUGUACUUGGAUUAAAGCCAUUGUGGUUUCAUUAUAUACAAAAACACUAGGUUAGAGCGAGGAUUUGAAUGGCGGCACACGAAUACUUACUCAGUGCCUACUUGUGGCAACCUUAUUGACAAUGCGUAGUAACUUAUUACGCACACAAUCCCAUUGAUUUCAGUGGGACUACUCACAUAGUAAGGUGCUACUCACCAUGGGUAAAGAUGGCACAGUUGGGGCCUCAGAGUAGUAAUAAAACAGUACUGGAAAUUUAUCUACUAGAUUAUUAAUAAACAUUUUGACAGGCAGAAGUCACACCUCCACUUUUACUUACAGCCUGAGGAGCCUAGUCUAGAAUCAAAGAAAAGUAAAAGAUUUGUUGAGUAAUCUAAUCCUGCCACCUCAGGAUUAUACCCUACAAUUUCUGCUCUAGAGCUUUGUCCAAUCAGCUGGUCAGUCUUCCACAGCCUCCCUUGGAGAAACUGGUCCACCAUCAAACUGGUCUCCCUGUUUGAAUAUUGGGCAAACUUCUAAAUCUUCUUUUGCCUCAUUUUAUCCCAUUCCUCUUUGGACCAGCUCAUGCCCAUCACUAUAUUUAGAGCUAGCAGAGAAGGAGAGAGAUGCAGACACAAAAGGAGCGGAUAGAAACACAGCUGUCUCUGUGCUCACUUUAUUGUUCUUGCAGCAAAACUGAAUCUAACACGAAAGUGAGGCUUUGCACUGAGCAGUGCUCAAACAUUUAAAGAGACAGGACAUCCCAACAGUAGGCUGCCUUCUUUUGCAAUCCCAUUUGUUUGUCUGGGACUCACCUCACAGGCUACCCAGAAUCCCCAACAGCAUUUGCACACACAGAGCCAAAGCAAGCCUUAUUGUGCCUCUGACUUCAGUGGAGCUGUGUCCACUUACACGACAGCUGAACUGUGUCCAAGUCAUGCCCCGUAGCUGUUCCAUGACAGUGGAGAGUGGUCAGUAUAGGGAUGGGAUGGAGGUUUCUGCUGUAUUGUCAGUCAUUACAGUUUUGUUUUACAGGACACAAAUACCCAUGUAAUAACUCCAUAAUUAUGUACUGGCCACGUGCUGCGUAAUUAUAAGCUAAGUUCUAAGGGAGUAAUUAUUUGGUAAUGUCUUCAAAAUUACUAUUAUGGGAUUUAACCUGAAAAAUUACAUUCUGUAUUACAAAGCCUAAGUAGAACAACUUCUUGGCUAAUAUACACAUUUUACUUCAUUAAACCUGUUAUUACAUAGUAGUUACACUUUCCUGCAAAGUUACAAGGAAGUGACAUGUCAGCCCUCUCUUCCUGUUGCCAUUGGAGUCUGUGGCAAAACUCCUUUUACUUCCUCUAAUUUUGCACUAGUUUAACUAUUGAUGUUUGAAAUUAUUUCAAACAGACAUCAUCACCACAUGUUCUCCACAGAGGAUGACUGCACCAGUCAGAGGGACCAUGAAUAAUGGCGUUGCACCAGGCAUUGUGUAGUGAAGUUCCUAGAUCUGGUGCAACCCUGCGAAUCCAAGAACCUCUGGGGCGGCCCCAUGGGUGGUGCCAGGUAGGGUCAGGGCAUGCACCCCUUUGUGCAUUGAUAGGCAGUUUGAGCGCAUGCUGUGUCAGGUGUUUUUGUCUAUCCUGACAACAUGGCCAGAGAGCAUGCAGUGCCGCUUUUGAAUAUACUGAGCAAUAGAAGGAAAGCCAGAUCUCUGCAAGAUUAGGGCAUUUAACACAAAGUCACACCACUUUAUGCUCAGGAUUUGGUACUGAUGGUGCAUACGGAAUGCCACUAGCUGCUUCAAGUCUGCCUAUGAGACUCCUGACAGAGUUAUUGCUGAUUUAGAUCAGUGUAAAUGGGAGGAGAAUCAGUUUGCCCUGACUUCAAUGGGAGCAAGAGCAGGUCUUAGUGAGUACAUGAGUAACUACCAAUCAGUCGCAGAGGAUUAAUUUAGCCAUAUAGUUAGUUAUUAAUGAUGGGAGUCUACAUGGUAUUUUCUCUUAAACUAUACAUGGCUUUUUUAAAAUUUAUAACUAAAUAAUCCACAGCCAAUUCUAAUAGUUGAAUAGUUGCUGUGUAUGAAGGUUGCACCCUGUGAAAGAAUGUAUUCUUGUAACUGGUUCUCAGUCGGUUGGUACAAUCAUCAGCCAAACUGGAUAUUUUGCUUUGAAUGAGACAUGUAGAGUGUUCAUUUUCAAAAGCAUUGUGUGUUGGCCUAUUUCUGUUGGCUAAGUGACACCAUUCUAAGUGACUUCAAUGGGAGCAGAAAGAGUCCAGCACUGAGUGCAUUUGAAAAUCCUGCCCAUUCAUCUUCUUUCAUCUUUCAGAUUUGUCCUUCACUCUAUGGCUUGCAAUGACAUGGAAUGAAUCCAGGUUGUCCCUCUGGAGAAGGAUCUGAGAGGGCAGCAGUUCACUAGAUAUUCCAUGGUUUGAAUGGCUUCUCCAUGGAAGCUGCCUUUCAUUUUCCAAUUGCGUAGUAGGUAACUGCAGCAUCUGUAUGAGGUUCUGAUGGGGGGUACGCUAUGAUCCAGGUCUUAUGUGGGGUGGUGAAGGCAGGAAGCUGGUCGUAGGAUCCGUAAUCAGGUCUUGAUUCUUGACCCCACAGGUUUCCCACUGCUUCUGCCACUUGUCUUUUGAUGACAAAUCCCAUCCACAAAUCUUGUUGAAGUAUAAACUGUCCCGCAUCUCAGCAUCUAGGUGAAUCACAGAACGGAUUCUCUCUCACACGUGUGUACACACACACACACACACUCUUACGUCAUAAGGUGACCAUGUCAACCUCCACCUUUAAACAAAGGCUUGCCAACAUUACUGAACCCAGUGAUGUAGUCACUUCAAGUGCAGUGCUCUCACCAGGUCUGCCCCUGGGAAGACUGCAGGAUGCAACCUCAGAAGUCGCAAAAUUUGAGUACUUGCCAGAAAUCAUGAGAAUUCCACAGACCGUAACAAUGGGCCUUCGUUGAACAAACCACACAUGCAGCAGUAUCCUGUGAUAUCUGCCAAAGAAACAGAUGUACACUAAGGGACUGAUCCUGCCCCCAUUGAAGUCAAUGAGAGUUUUGCCAUUGACUUCAAAGGAAGCGGGAUUGGUUAUUAAUGAGGUUGAUUGGAUAAAAAUAGUACAAUACAUGGGACCGCAAUUUCGUCUGUGCCAGGCAGGUGAAUCUUUAAGAGGGUGACCAAGAAUUCAAGACAUGUUUGCGGGGGGAAUAAAUAUAACAUGCUUGAUACUGAGAGGUCUGGAGCUCAUGGAAUAGUGGUUGCUCAGCACCUCUCAGGAUCAGGCCCUUAGACUAGUUCCUCCCAGUUUGGUCACACACUCAAGCCCAUAUUACUUGUGCACCAUCUCCACAGCAACCACAUCACACAUACGUGGCAGAGUUCCUGAGAGGCCCACCAUCGCUGAAGAAGGGAAAUACAAAUAGGUCCAGUUUAAACUAAAGAGCUGGCCAUGUUUAUGCCCCCCAUUUCGUUUUCCAUCAGGAACUAUCAGAGGGGAAUACAGUCUUAUUGUAAGUUAUGGUUUCUGAGCUGCUGCCAUUAUAGGGUAUCAUGGAUGUUGGCAGAUGCAGGCCCGUGACCCGCAUAGAUUUUACACUGGGAAUGUGAUUCUGAAACUAGACAAUUCUGUGUUCAAGCCAGCAACCCAAGAACUCACUAGAGGGACCUUUCACUUGCACUGAAAAGUAUGGUGAACUUGUGCAAACUGCAGCAAAUUCAGGCAAAGCUAUUCAUUGCCGCUUCCUGGACAGUGAUUUUUGUCGUCACAACCCAAACAGGUUCUUCACAAACAUAGCCAGCUCCGCAUUACUGAACUAGAAGAAAAACUGAGGUAUUUUCACUAGGACCAGUUCUAGAUUAAAGGGGCUGUCUGGUGCCCAAUGCUAGAGCUACCAUAACUUGGAUUUCAAAUUACUAGUGGCAUUGUGCAAAUCUCAGAUGCAGUGGAUGACAUGGCAAGGGAUCUAUCCCAGAUGAGCAAGUAGCAUAUGAUUCAUAACAGUGAAAUGUGACACAGCUCUAGACUGGAUCUGUCGCAGCAGAAGUUAAAUGUGUUCAUCUCCCUGCAGCAGUACCUCAGGACAGGGACACAGUGAAGGACUCUGUUAAUACAUUGGAUGAUAUUUGUUUGCACCUGCCUUCACAGUGCCCUAGAAUAGCCAGCCAGCUUUUCCCCCGCCUGGUCCAGUCAUUCUGUCCUUGUGGGCAUUCAAGAUCGAUUUCCCCUUUGUACCUUGCUGUAGCUCACACUUUGCAUGGACACCAGCAGUAGCAGAGGCAGCAGCUGUUCAGAUAUACCAGCCACUACAGGGCAGAUCAGCCUGCUCCUUUCUUUGUACUAAGCACUAAUGGAAGUUGCCUCCUUCCACAGCUUAAAUACUGACUGAGAUACACAUUUGGCCUUUGGGUUGUUGGGACAAGCCACAGAAAACAAAACCUCCACACCCUGUUCUGUCAUACAGGAGACCCACAGAGAAAACAUACUGACAUGGGAGAACCAGGAGUCUGAAUCUGACCAGAGCCCAGAUAGUCACUGAUAGGAUCCAGUCUGAAAGCAAUAGUCGCUAGAGACCAGUGAGCUGCUGGCACUGCCAGUGGUCUUGAGAGUGGCAGAAGUACAUGCUUGCUUAGGAGGGUCUAUGAUCCUCCCCCUUGGUUUGGUUUUAUUUUUACUCAGAGAGGUCCACUGUUCCACUAAAUCAGGAAUACAUAGUUCACAGCGGAAGUCAGUCUUUUUGUUAUGCUCUGCCUUAUAGUGGCCUCAUUACAAUUAGAUCCCUGUUGAUCUAGGAUAUAUGGUAUUUAACUGCUUCUCCGCCAGUGCACUCCUCCAGACCCCAGGGUGUUCUGCGAGGGCAUUCUGUUGCGCCCACUAUGAUCUCACGUCUCUGGUAUGGGAGGCGUAUAUCUGGCUUGUGAGGCUGCAGUGGAAAAUUUAAUGCCUUGUCUUUUCCUGUGGAUCAUUUCUACCUCCCACCAACUACAAUGGAAUGAGGUGUAGCAAUACCACGAGUACUGUGAAUUUCUCCCCACUGAACUGGCCACCUUGCUGCCUUUGCCAUCAUAGCCUGCUCUUUCUUCUCUAGGGUCUGGAUGCAGUCCCAGAUAUACCCAAUGCGCUGGCCACGCCUCUCAGCGUAAGGUCGCAGACCAAGCCAGUCAGAGGCCCAGGCAAAGAAGCAUUAUGAAAUAUCAGCCUAGCUCCAUUGAAGUGGCUUGUGGAAAUCGAUCAAUAAAUAGAUCAGAUUUUCCUGACCAAAAAAUUACUUGUAAGUGUGGGGUUACCUAGCACUUGUUUGAUCACAGGUAUCAUAUUAUCCCCAAAACGGAGUGUCUGAGGUACUUCAGAACAACUAGGAACAGGGUUUCAGAAGGGAAUAAUAAAGGUUUUACGGCCUUAGCUGUGGCAUCCUGACUGGUAGUACCAUAACUGGAAGACAGGUGGUCCGGUGGAUAGGGAGUUGGGAGACCUGGGUUCAAUUCCUGACUCUGGAUGUAAGGUGGCACAACAAGCCAACUGUGUUACUUCCAGUUACAUUAGCAAUGAAGUGAUCCUCUGAACAGAAGGAUCCACAAGAACGGCAUGGCACUGUAGCAUACCUCCAAAGACAAAUGGCCACUAUUGGACCUGAGUAGGUUAUAGAGACACAGCUGCACUUCUGCAACUCCAACACUGGGAUGUAGCCUCUAAUAGGGAGACCUCCAUUUUGCAUGCCCAAGACCCGUCUUUGCACAUGUCCAGCAGACACGCUAGGGGUGCAGAUUUGGAGGCUGAAUGGCACUCCUUGUCAAAAGGUGGCCUUGUGUGUUUCUCUCCGAUUUCCCCCAGAGCCCUCAGUCAUGCUGAGAUAAAUAGCUGAAGGCAGGUCAGAGAGCUACUGACACAUUCCAGCAGCAACAGAAGGAUAUCACAGUACCUGUCCUGAAGCACUCCUGCCUCUCAGCUGUGACUGCUGUUGUUUUGGUGAUCAAAGUGGGAAAGAAACUUCUCAGCCAGCACCCUGUAUUCUGGGAUGGAAGGGUUUGAGAAGAAUCUGGAGUUUGAGCUGACAGGACAGUUGAUUGUUUCCAUUGAGCUGGGUUCCCCUGCAGUGUGAGUUCUGCAGUAAGAAGGGGUUGGACUUUUACCCUUUGCCUUGUAUGUUAACCCUCCAAAGACAGGAGCCUCAAAAGCCAUCAGAUAUCCUUGAGACAUUGGAGGAGACAUUCAGAGGGAGGAUGGGCUACUCCAACUUAGGGGACGAGUCAGAGGGCUGUCGGGGGAGGGCAUGUCACGCUCUUCCCUGUCAGGAGAGAUGUCAGAAACAGGC